UGUAAGAUUCAGCGGCAUGUAAACACAGAUGAGCGACAUGGACCAAACUGCUCUAGAUCUUGUUAAGGUGCAUGGAGGUGGAGGGUAUGACUCUGACUUCAGUGAUGAUGAUGGUGGAGGACUGUCCAAACAUGGACAGAAUAGGGCAGGUGAAGAUGAUCUGUUAGAGAAGCCAUUCCAGAAAGGAAAACACACUAAGUUGGCCAAUAAAAAUGUCGCUGCCUCUGAAUGGGACAGAGAGGAAGCCAGAAACCGACGGCAACACCUGAUAUCGAUGAAUGCUUUUGAACGCCACAAGAAGUUUGUCAGUGACUACAUUCUGUACUAUGGAGGGAAGAUUGAUGACUUCAGACGAUCCAUGUCUAAAGAUAAGACAGAUCUGGAUGUGGUAAGAGAAAACCACCGUUUUCUCUGGAGAGAGGAAGAUGAGGAGGAUAUGACAUGGGAGAAAGAGCUUGCAAAGAAGUACUACGAUAAGCUUUUCAAGGAGUACUGUAUUGCAGACCUCAGCAGAUACAAAGAAAAUAAGUUUGGAUUUAGGUGGCGGAUUGAAAAUGAAGUUAUGUCUGGAAAAGGCCAGUUCCUCUGCGGCAACAAACGCUGUGAGAACAAGGAGGGCCUGAAAAGCUGGGAGGUGAAUUUUGCCUAUGUGGAGCAGGGAGAGAAGAGGAAUGCCCUGGUGAAACUACGUCUGUGCCCAGAGUGCUCCUUCAAACUCAAUUAUCAUCAUAAGAGAAAGGAAGUUAUAGUUAAGAAGAGACGGCGAUCGAAAGAGACUGUGGAACAGUCAAAUAAAUCCAAGUCGGCCCACUCCAGAAAGAGUAAACGCAAAGACAAACGGAAACACAAAAAGAGGCGCAAAGAGUAUUCUUCAAGUUCAGGGGAGUCCCAAGGAUCAGAUAAAGGCGCAGAGAGUGAAGAGGAGGAGGAAGAAGAAGAGGGGCCUUCAGAAUCAGAGCACUGGAAGGGCCCAGCCCCUGCUGUGGAGGAGAAGUCACGGGAGGAAGAGUUUGACGAGUAUUUUGAAGACAUGUUUCUCUGAGUGUAGGAAAAGAAGAUCCCAUCAUGUUGUUGUCUUUUGUACUUUUAUGCUUUUGUACAGUAUAGUAUAGUUUGACAAAAAGUUGGCAGUUUUGUUUUUUGUAAUUCUUUUUAUUUUUUGUCUCACUUGGCCUCAUUCAUGAAACACGAGCAGAAUUAUUUUCUUUGUAAAUCCAUACGUAAAUUGUAGCAGCAGUUUACAUAAGAUGGUUUUACGAACAAUUUACGCAAAUUCGUUCUGCACAUGUAAAGUGUUUGUAAAACCAUUCAUGCAUAAUUUUGUGGAUUCAAUUCAGUGUGACAUUUAAUAAGAAUGGUUUUAAGGAUGAUUUACACAGAUUUGUUCAGAGAUUCAUUAAAUUCAGUUUAGUUAAGAAUGGUUUUACAAACAUUUAAAGCUAAUUCUUUCUGCACUUUAAAGCAUUCGUUAAACCAUUAGUGCAUAAUUUGUCGCUUUCAAUUCAAUUUACAGCCGAUUUACACAGAUUUGUUCAGAGAUUCUUUCGAUACAUGCAAUGCAAUUCAAAUUAUAUAAGAAUUGUUUUACUAGCGAUUUACGCAAAUUCAUUCUGCACAUGUAAAGCAUUCGUAAAACCAUUCAUGCAAGUCACUUUCAAUUAAAUUUACAGAUAAUUUACACAGAUUUUUUAAAGAGAUUUAUUCAAUUCAAUGCAAUACAAUUCAUUUUACAUAAGAAUGGUUUUACGAACAUUUACACAAAUUCGUUCUGCAUGUGUAAAGCGUUGGUAAAACCAUUCAUGCAUAAUUUUUCACAUUCAGUUAAAUUUAUAGACGAUUUACACCAAGAAUCUUUCAGAGAUUCAUUCAAUGCAAUGCAAUUAGUUUUACAUAAGAAUGGUUUUAUGAACGAUUUACGCAAAUUCGUUCUGCACAUGUAAAGUGUUUGUAAAACCAUUAAUGCAUAAUUUGUGACAUUCAAUACCAUUUACUUAUGAUAUACACAGAGAUUCUUUCAGAGAUUCAUUCAAUGCAAUGCAAUUCAAUUUACAUAAGAAUGGUUUUAUGAACAAUUUACACAAAUUCGCUCUGUACGUGUAAAGUGUUCGUAAAACCAUUCAUGCAUAGUUUGUCACAUUCAAUUCAAUUUACUGAUGAUUUACACAGAGAAUCUUUCAGAGUUUUUUCAAUCCAGUGAAAUGCAAUUCAGUUUACAUAAGAAUGGUUUUAAGAACGAUUUACGCAAAUUCGUUCUGCACGUGUAAAGUGUUCAUAAAAACAUUCAUGCAUAGUUUGUCGCAUUCAGUUCAAUUUAAACAGAUUCUUUCAGAGAUUCAUUAAAUUCAAUGUAAUGCAAUUCAAUUUACAUAAGAAUGGUUUUACGGACGAUUUAUGUAAAUUCACUCUGUACUUGUAAAGAGUUCGUAAACCACUCAUGCAUAAUUUGUCACUUUCAAUUCAAUUAAUAGACUAUUUACACAGAGAAUCCUUCAGAGAUUCAUUCAAUCCAAUGAAAUGCAAUUCAGUUAACUUAAGAAUUGUUAUACAAACGAUUUACGCAAAUUCAUCCUGUAGGUGUAAAGUUUUUGUAAAACCAUUCAUGCAUAAUUUGUUGCAUUUGAAUUUUAUUUAUGGACAUUUACACAGAGAUUCAUUUAGAGAUUAAUUAAAUUCAAAGCAGUUACAUUUAUGGAACAAUGGUUUCACAAACUAUUUACACAGUAAUGUGUUCUGAUUGUGUUUAAUGAACGAGGCCCACUAUGUUUAGUGGUAUGUUUAAGCAUUUUAUGUUUACCUCUAAAUUUACUUUCCAAGUCUGGUGGGUUUCAAAACAUUUCAUGCAUUUAUAGGUAAGAGAUUAAUUGGGGUUCUUUCAAGAAAGACAUGGAGUUCAUUUAAUAAUUUUACUGCCUUGCAGUAUAGACGACAACAAAUUGGGACCCCAUAGCAAUUUAACUAUGUGCUAAGAGUUUACAAUCAGAGACUAUCAAGAGUGUUUGUAUCCCCUGGCACAUUGAUGACUGUAGAUUUACUGCUGAGCUUGUACACAUAUUCUGCUAAUCUUCAAGAGCUUCUGCAUGGGAAUCAUAAUACAAAUUAUACACCAUACGUCAUUCUCUCAGAGCAAAUUCACAUGGUCAUAAUGGACUAUCAGACUGUCCCAGGGCACAGCUUAGUCAACAGUAAUGGCAGUCAGCCAGUCAAUGUGAAGAAUCAGUCAGGUCGGGUCAGAGAGCCCUUGUUCCCUCUGGUCCAUUAAUCAGUGUGUGUAAUACGUUUACAAAUGUGCAAGUGACCUGUGCAUUCAUGGUGCAAUUUUGUGCUUUCACAAAAAAUAAAAUGAAGAAUAAGGUGUAGUCUACAUUGUUAUGAAACUUUAAAGACCCCAUAAAAUCAUAAUUCAGAGUUUUGAGGCUUUUAGUCCAUGUGUGUUGUCCUUGAGGUCAUCUAUUGCACUCCUAAACAUUGACAAAACACCCUUUUCACACACACGUGCAUUUAAAAGGUGUCUUUCUCUUUUGUGAAAAUGGACCAAAAAUAUUGAUGACUCAUCCUGCACUAAACAGGUUUUUGUCCAAUUAACUGGUCUCUAGAAUAAGACUGUCCCUCCCCUGCAAUCGACCAGCAAGUCACUGCAAACAUCAUUGUUGUGACAAACCUAAAGCCUAUUGGCUAUUUAAACAAACAGAGACAAGCUCUUCGAUAUGUCCCAAGCAAAUUUCUGGUACAACCGUAAAUGUCAACACAGGAGAGAAAAAAGGACUCGUCAAGCUAUUUCUGGAUUUGUAUUGUCAGAAGUUAAAGUGCAAGAAAGCAGCAGUCUUCCAUGAAACUUGUGGAGAGAGGGGACAUUUGUUUCGGCCCUCAGCCAAUUACCUGAGCCUCUUUACCUGGGGAUGAUCCAGCUUUAUUAGGUAAUCCCUAGCAUGAUAGAAAAGUCUAUCUAAAAGAAGUCUAUCUAAAAGAAGUUCCUGACAUGCCCUCCUAACCACCUGAUAGAUCUAGGCGGUCACCAAGACCUCAAACUAACAGUUGAUGUGGUCAGUGAUUACUCAAGACUCAGUUAAACUCUGAAUAAUGUGUUUAUUUGUUUACAUAACAUAAUUUUCAGUAUCUUAUAUGUGCGGUAGUAUUCAGUCAGUGGAUCAAAUAUCAGUUCCAUGCUCACUCAGAAGGAUGCAUUACAUCUUAUUGCAAUUUUAUACACAGAGCGCACAAACCAUUAACCUGAGAUGGGAUUAACUUGCAUUUUGGUUAUUUCCGUCUGGUCUGGGUUUAGGGGGUUUGACAUUUGAAUAUAGUCACUAGUUCUUGUGAAGACAUUUAGACUGCAAAGAACCUGCCGUGGCCCGUUAUUUGAUUAAAGGCUUUGAUCGAUUUUUCCAAUUCAUUGUUGACAAGUGAACGUUGCACAAGGUGUUUUAUGUAAUUUAGGGUCAAAUUUAUUAGAUUUUAAUUUCUGAUCAAUCUCUCUGGCAGUCAUUAUGCAUAAAUGUGUUUGCAUCCAAUUGCUGUACUGCAUGAUGUUUUUCCUAAAAUGCCAUGCCUAUUUUUGAUAUGCUAUCUUUUGAUAUCCAAGUGCAUCUGCCAAAAUAAGUUAAAAUGUUACUGCUGUUGUCAAAUUCUCAAAAGAUCAGAAAAGAAAACAAAACAUGGGACUUCGACCUUACAAACUGUGUUAGUGCCUUCUGCCAGGGGAGAUGUCUAAAGGCUCCAGUAGUCUGCUUUAAAUAAGCAUGGUAUUUAAAGAUUAAAUCUGAGUGAAUCUCAGGAGCUGCCUCCCCCUCAUCAAAAUUAGUUCAGUCCAAUCUCCUUAGAGGUUUACACAUGCUCAAGUACUGGUUGUUCCCUAUCAUCUUGUCAUACAUACAAUACAACAUAGCAAUAAUUCAAAUGUUUGGUAUAAAUAAAUACCUCUAUAUAAUCAAUUGAUAUUCUAUUAAAUUAUUUAUGCUCAAUGUUAUAUUUUCAUUAAUAAAUUAUGUCUGAAAACUAUGUUUGAUGUAAGCUUAGGUGUGAAUAAAUGAUUAAAGAACAAACAUCAAAGUUCUGAUCAUACAUUUUCUUCACAGCACCAAAUACACAGAAUUAGCCACUUAGUUGUGUAGCCUUCUCAGCUUCGUCUUCUUUCAAGCACAAAAAGUAUCUUUGAAGGAUUCAAAAGUCCUGUGUCGUUCCCAUCAAAAUACAAAUGCAAAAAGCAAUUGCAACAAGUAGUAACUCUUGCAGUCAAGAGAUGUUAGCCUUUGCAGUGCCAUGAUCUACCCUUUGAACAUUUCAUUACAAAGCACUUGCUAACCCACCACAGCUUGUAAAAGCUCAUAUUCAAGCAAAUUGAUCCUUGAACUUUAAAGAAAUCAACUGAUAUGUAUGAAAAAAAAAAAGAGAAGUCUAAGUGGGGAUGAAUUCUUAAAGUAAAUUCAAUUCAAAGCUUCUAUGAUUUUACAGAGAAGCUAAACACAGCUUGAUUCCAGAAUUUGUUAAAGAUUGCUGAUAGAUUAGGAAAUGUUGCUUAAUGUUCUAAUUCUUCAUCUUUUCCAGUUUAAAGGACAUCAAAAGUCUUGAGACAAAUAAUCAAGUGUUAGGGAUUCGAAAAACACACUCCAAAUAAGCUCUGACUUAACUACAGAACAUUAUAACAUGUAGGGUUGUGUUUUGGCUACUAUAUUGUGGCAAAUGUAAUAGUUGCAUAUGGCAUACUUCCUCCACCGUUGAUAGAUGUUAAUGGUACAGUCAAAGUGAAAAGAACUAUUAGGAACGAGCAAGAAAUUGUCUAUAUGGUCAAGAUAAGCUGGUUCUCUAGGCUGGCACCCCUUCAGAAAGAGAAACCAUGUACGAUUCUUCCAUUUCUGGUAAAUGCCUGCGUGUUCACUUGGAGAAGGUACAUCCAUGGAAUUGAGACAGAAGCAGAGAAAGAAGGAAGCUGGUGAAAACAUAUGAUCAAAGGAGCACGUUUCACCUCCAUGUUUGCCAGCCAGCCCAGACUUCUUUGGAUCUGGAUUUC